GUGAACGCGUACAUAACACGAGCCCGCCUGCCGACCCGGAAGUUAUUCGAGCGGUUGUCCAACGUGUGUGCGGUGAGGCAGCUGCGUGUCAACAUCAUGGGUAAGUCCAAACAGGUAGGAAACCACAAAAGUGGCAAGAAGAAGCAUAUUGCCAAGACAUGGAAGACCAAGCGCAGGACAAAGGACCUUGACCAGAUUCAUGCAGACAUGAUCCCUGGAAAUGCUGCUAAGUUAUUAAAGCAAGAUGUAGAUUAUGAUGUUACAGGCAGUGCCCAGCAUUACUGUCUGCACUGCGCGAGAUAUUUUGUUGAUUUGAAAACCAUGAAAGAGCAUUUCAAGACCAAAGUUCACAAAAAACGAUUGAAAAAGCUGAGGGAAGAGCCAUAUACACAAGCUGAGGCAGAGCGGGCAGCAGGAAUGGGCUCUUACAUCCCACACAAAACCACAGAGGUUCACACACAGCAAGUCGAGGAGAAUAUGGACUGAAAAAUGACUUCUACCUAUCUAUGGACUUUUCUGAGUAAA